AGGAAGAUCUGCCGAGUGAGAUUCUGUUCCCUGGAGCUGCACCGGGUUCCCUCCGAGUCUCCUUCAGCCUCCCCGCUUCGGAGCGUGAGACUGAAAGCAUCCUGACAGAGGGCCUUCCAGCCCCUAAGCAUCUUAACCAGAGAUCUAUAAGUUCUGAUCUUGAACGGGGUGCCACGGCUCGGGAAGCAUGACGACCGAGACCUUCGUGAAGGAUAUCAAGCCGGGACUCAAGAAUCUGAACCUUAUCUUCAUUGUACUGGAGACAGGCCGGGUGACCAAGACAAAGGACGGGCACGAGGUUCGGACCUGUAAAGUGGCAGACAAAACGGGCAGCAUCAACAUCUCAGUGUGGGACGAUGUGGGCAACCUAAUCCAACCUGGAGACAUUAUCCGACUCACCAAAGGGUAUGCUUCGGUGUUCAAAGGUUGUCUGACACUAUACACUGGACGUGGGGGCGAUCUGCAGAAAAUUGGAGAAUUCUGUAUGGUUUAUUCUGAAGUUCCUAAUUUCAGCGAGCCCAAUCCAGAGUAUAACACCCAGCAGGCGUCCAACAAAUCGGUCCAGAACGACAACAGCCCUACUACCCCACAAGCUACCACAGGACCCCCUGCUGCCUCUCCAGCUUCCGAGAGCCAGAACGGGAAUGGACUGAGCACCCAGCCAGGUCCUGUUGGCGGCCCCCAUCCUUCUCACACCCCCUCACAUCCCCCCAGCACCCGAAUCACUCGAAGCCAACCCAACCACACGCCUUCAGGCCCUCCUGGCCCCUCUAGCAACCCUGUCAGCAACGGCAAAGAAACUCGCAGAAGCAGCAAGAGAUAGCAAGAAAUGAGUCCCUCUCCUUCCUUCCACCACAGCCAUGACCCAGGUGUCUCUGCCAGAGAACAAGACAGUCUUCUAUUAGGCCGCCAGCUUUGGGAUUAGAGGGUGAAGUAGCUGUGUUUUACCCACUAAAUUUCCCUGGUGGGGUGGUAAGCAGCGGCCUUAUCCACCUCAAACUCGCGCCCUCCUUGUCCUGCUGAUGCUGUCUGUCCCCUGGGAUCCAGGGUCCUCUGCCUGCCCUCCUUUGGAAAAGACAGUCUGGUUUUUGUGUGGGAUAUGAGGGUCUAACUGAAAUCCCUCCUUCCUAAUAAAUGUUCCCACUCGUUCUGGA